AUUCAUCAGAAACUCUCUAACCAAUCGAUCCCGAGCCACAAAUUUUCUUAUGCAACUAUUGCCAAAGAAAAUUCUAUAGUUCACAAGCACUUAAAGGACACCAAAUUGCCCACGAGAGAGAGGACUCUGGCAAAAAGAAGACAACAGAAGUUACAAAACUACUACUACUUAGACCAUCAUGAUUAUGACUAUUAUUCUUGUAUGGCUUCACUCCCUCUUCAUGGUGCUUACAAUUAUAAUUCUCUUGGAAUUCAGGUUCAUUCUAUGAUGUAUAAGCCUCCUCAUGUGCCAAAUUCUUUUGGGGCCAAAAGUUUGUAUGGACAUGGUGGAUGGUCAAGACAACCUAUGGAUCACCAACGACCGGUGAUUGGGAAGCUAGCGACGGAGAAUUAUCAGGCAACUACGUUGACCGGACUGUUGUCUCAAGGUGGAGAAGGCAGAUUCAACACCAAGAGGAAGGUGAUGAGUUCUCUAUCAGAUGAAGACAUUGGUGUCAAGUGGUGGGGACAUAGUGGUGGCUUGAAGACUAAACAGGAUAAGUUAAAAGAGCUAGACUUGUCUCUCAAGCUCUGAGUUUCAUUUUCUAGU